UAGGAAAAACUGCCCAGCUGUGCUCUGUGGCUAACAGAGAAGCUAACAGGCUAACAACAGCGGUGGAAGUACCAGGCUCCGGCGAUUAAACGGGACCCCUCGACAGCUACUUUGACACUUCGAGUAUAAAAUGGGGAAAGGUGGAGGCACGUUUGAGAGGCUUCUCGAUAAGGCCACUAGUCAGCUGCUGCUGGAAACUGACUGGGAAUCCAUUCUGCAGAUCUGUGAUCUCAUUCGACAAGGAGACACACAAGCAAAGCAUGCUAUUGGGGCCAUUAAGAAAAAGCUAAAUGACAAAAAUCCCCAUGUGGCCCUGUACGCACUGGAGGUCCUUGAGUCAGUAGUGAAGAAUUGUGGCCAGACAGUCCAUGAUGAAGUGGCAAGUAAACAAACCAUGGAGGAACUGAAGGAUCUGCUUAAGAAGCAGACGGAACCAAAUGUCAGAAACAAGAUUCUGUACCUGAUCCAGGCCUGGGCUCAUGCUUUCCGUAAUGAACCCAAGUACAAGGUGGUUCAGGACACUUACCAGAUUAUGAAAGUGGAAGGUCAUGUUUUUCCUGAGUUUAAGGAAAGUGAUGCAAUGUUUGCAGCAGAGAGGGCCCCAGACUGGGUUGAUGCUGAGGAGUGCCACCGGUGCAGAGUCCAGUUUGGAGUUAUGACAAGAAAGCACCACUGCCGAGCAUGUGGCCAGAUUUUCUGUGGCAAGUGCUCGUCUAAAUACUCCACCAUUCCCAAGUUUGGCAUUGAGAAAGAAGUGCGUGUGUGUGAGCCCUGCUUUGAGCUGCUUAACAACCACCCCUCCCUGUCUCCUCCGCUUAGGAAAGCUGAAGGGAAAGCUGCACCCGCAGGCCCCGCUGAGCUGCCUCCGGAGUACCUGACCAGCCCUCUGUCCCAACAGUCCCAGAUGCCACCCAAGAGAGAUGAGGCAGCACUGCAGGAGGAGGAAGAGCUGCAGCUGGCUAUUGCCCUUUCCCAAAGUGAGGCUGAAGAAAAAGAGCGAAUGAGGCAAAAGAACUCGUACUCUGCGUAUCCUAAAACUGAUCCCACCCCAGUGACGUCAUCAGCACCACCAGUCAGCACCCUCUACACUUCCCCUGUGAACUCCUCCGCUCCAUCAGCUGAGGAUGUAGAUCCUGAGCUGGCACGUUACCUGAACAGAACAUACUGGGAGAAGAAACAGGAAGAGACUCGUAAAAGCCCCACCCCCUCAGCCCCUGCUCCUGUGCCAUUGGCUGAGCCCCUCCCACCUAUCAGUCAGCCUGUAGAAAGUCAUGUACCUGCUGUUCAGCCAGUCAACAUAGUGGAGCAGCAGUACCAGAACGGGGAGUCGGAGGAGAACCAUGAGCAGUUUCUGAAGGCUUUACAGAAUGCUGUCACCACUUUCCUUAACCGAAUGAAGAGCAACCACAUGCGCGGUCGCAGCAUCACCAAUGACAGCGCUGUGCUGUCCCUCUUUCAGUCCAUCAACAACAUGCAUCCACAACUGUUGGACAUCCUCAACCAGCUGGAUGAGAAAAGACUGUACUACGAGGGACUGCAGGACAAGUUGGCUCAGGUGCGCGAUGCUAGGGCAGCUCUUAAUGCCCUACGUGAUGAACACAGAGAGAAGCUGCGUCGUGCUGCAGAGGAAGCAGAGAGGCAAAGGCAGAUCCAGCUGGCACAAAAACUGGAGAUAAUGAGGCAGAAAAAACAGGAGUACCUGGAGAUGCAAAGACAGCUGGCCAUUCAGCGCCUCCAGGAGCAAGAGAAGGAGAGGCAGAUGCGUCUGGAGCAGCAGAAGCACACAAUCCAGAUGAGAGCUCAGAUGCCUGCUUUCUCUCUGCCCUAUGCCCAGAUGCAGUCCUUGCCUCCCAAUGUGGCAGGAGGGGUGGUGUACCAGCCUGGUGCUCCACCCAGCUACCCAGGCACCUUCAGCCCUGCUGGUUCAGUGGAAGGGUCACCUAUGCAUAACAUCUAUAUGAACCAGCCUGGGCAGACAGCACCUCCGCAGUACCAGGCAAUGCCCAGUACUGCCACAGAUCCAAAUAUGGUUAACGCAUACAUGUACCAGCCUGCAGGCACAAAUGGGCAGCCUGCUCCUCCUCCUGGUCAGGCUCCACCCACAACAAGUCCGCCUUACUCCAACUAUCAGCCCACGCCCACACAAGGCUAUCAGAAUGUGGUUUCACAGGCCCAGAGUUUGCCUCCCAUGUCCCAGGCUGCACCCACAAAUGGUAUGGGUUACAUGGGCUACCAGCCAUACAGCAUGCAGAACAUGAUUUCAGCAUUGCCAGGACAGGACCCCAAUAUGCCCCCCCAACAGCAGUACAUGCCAGGGCAGCAGCCAAUGUACCAGCAGGUGGCUCCCCCUGGUGGCCCACAGCAGCAGCAGCAGCAGCAGCAACAGCAGCAGCCAGUACAGCAGCAGACCCCUCAGGCUGUAUCAGGCAGCGCGGAGGCACAGCUCAUCUCCUUUGAUUGAAAGCCUACGCGCUGCAGGGUCUGACACACUACACGCUCUCUCUACCAUUGGUCUUUUCCCUCCAUCUCUGGACUCUGAGGAUGCCCUCCAGAAACACACACUCACACACACACCUCCUGCCUGCCACCCUAGCUGUGAUGUUGUGGCAACGUGAAAUAUUGUGAUGUUGCAAAACUGUUGCUCUCCUUGCCUCUCACUCACUGGAGUAUUUGAAUGUGAGGCGAAGACACAAGGGAGGGUACCAUUAACCAAACCCUUCCUCCCUCGUUUUCCCUCUUUCCACCUGACAUGUAUGUAGAACUUCCUUAUUAAAUUAACCUCAGAAAUAGUCAGUGCUAUUAAAGUGAAAGACAAAUAUAAUAAAUAUGACAUUAAUUGAGGAGAAAAAAAAAACAUAACCAUCAUUUGCCUCAUAUUUUUCUAAAGCAAAAUCUGCAUGUUAUGUUUUAAUAAUUUUUUGGAAUGGAAGUUAUAUAAUCGCAGUGUGGGGAGUGAUUUAGAGACACCAGUAUGUGCUAUUACUAAAGGUUAUGGGUGUGUGAGUAAAAUGUGACAUAUUUGCAGCGAUAGUACAGUCAAAGCCCUGAAACAAAUGGCACUAAGUCUCCAUCUCUGUCACGUUCACAGCUUCAUAUUCCAGGGGUAGUUUUCAUCUCCAUCCCAUCUAUGCACAUAUGCACAAAUUUAGUCAUGACAUUUGUUUGUUUGUGCACUGCUUGAACUCCUGAGCAUUAGGAUGCGUGAUAUGAUGUGAUGAAACGGGGAUUAUAGAUUGUGGGAGGAGUACAAAUGAAACUGUGUGGUUGUUAAAUCCUCGGUUAAUGUUAUUUUAAUACAUGAAAUCAUUCAAAUCAACUAAAGACCAUUAAUAUAUACAUUCUAAAGCAGUCCAGCAACUCUACAAGGAUCGUGCAUCUCUUUUAUUCAAAGAUUCAUGUUGCUUAACAUUGACUACCAUGAAAACACAGGAGGAGCAUAUAAUCCUGUAUGCUGUAUCGUGUGCAUUUGUGACUCACAGAUGAGGGUGUCAACUUAGUAAGUUCAGGUAGGUGUUCUUUUUGUCAAGUGUACUCUGUCUCCAGCAAAGUGGAAAUGAUUGCAGGGUGAACAUGACGUGUUGCAUGUAUGUAUCACACACCCAACAGUGAUUUCUGUAACUGGUCAGUUGCCAUCUGUGAACUUUAUUCUUUGUUCUUCUUUAUUCCAUCACACUGAUCUGUCAGACUUAAAAGUAAUUUUGAAAUUAUAUUUAAUAAAUAUCUGGUUCUUAUUGUC